AUGAUGGAGCCGAGAGAUGGAGCACGACACAAUGAAGAAGUCAUGGGAGACUUCGAUUCCAAUCCAACACUACUAAUCGAUCGGAAUCCCAUCCAGCCGCCACUUCCUGAAGGAAGAAGCUAUGAGAUUUCACCGGAGAUCAUUGGUUUGGUGAAACAAAACCAGUUCCAAGGAAAACCCCAGGAGAAUCCUUUGGAACAUAUUGAUGCUUUUGAAGAAAUUGUGGCACCAUCAGUGCAGGAGUCUCUUCCAGCUCAAUCCAUAACCACAUGGAAAGAGUACAAGGUGGCAUUCCUAGGUCACUUUUUCACAAAGCAGAGAGCAAACUUGUUGAGAGAAAAGAUCUCUAGUUUCCAACAAGGGCCGGUGGAGCCUUUUCAUGAAGCAUUGGAGCGCUUCAAAGACUAUACAAGAGAGUGUCCUAAUCAUGGACUAUCUGAGGGCAGUCUAUGGAACAUUUUCUACAGAGGAAUAAGUGGGAAGUGUCGAUUUUCUCUUGAUACAGCCAGCAAUGGAAAUUUCAUGACCAAGACAGUUACUGAAGCAAAGAUUUUGAUUGAAAAUCUAGCCUCAAGCGACAGUGACAACUUCAUUGGGCAUGAGAGAGCAGUGAAGGCCAUAAAUUCUGAUCCAUACAGAGAUGGAUACAGAGAUCAAAGCCAUGAUGGCUGA